UCAUGGUGAUGGAAGUGGGUCAUAUUUCAAAGGUGAAAGUUGAAAACAAACAUGGCUGAACUGGAUAUAGGCAAACACUGUGUUGUGGAGGACUGUAAACAAAAGGAUUUUCUGCCAUUUAUUUGUGAUGGCUGUUCAGAGGUUUUCUGUGUCGAACACCGAAGAAGAGACUCUCACUCCUGUUCUGAGGUCAAUGUAAAAAAGGAAACCGUGAAGUGUGGAGGGAACACCUGUACAUCCUAUCCAUGCACAUACCAUGGGUGCAAUGGGAAAGAGCUGUUGCCAGUUGUCUGCACACAUUGUGAGAAACAUUUCUGCCUAGCCCAUCGUCAUCAAGAUGCCCAUGAGUGUGAGAAGCUGGAGGUUCCCAAACCACGCAUGGCCUCCACACAGCAACUUGUCAAAGAAAUCGUAGAAUCAAAGAAAUCUGCUCCAGCCAGAGGUAGAAGAGGUGCAAAAAAUAGUGAAACUGCUGCGAAGGUUGCACUGAUGAAACUGAAAUUGCAUGCAGUUGGAGAUAAAUCAUUACCACAGACUGAAAGAACUUAUUUUCAAGUGUUCUUGCCAAAAGGAGGCACAGAGAAAAGUAAACCCAUAUUCUUCUGUUCAAAGUGGAGUGUUGGCAAAGUGGUGGAUUAUGCAGCAUCGCUGGCAAAUCUCAAAAAUAACAAUAACAUACUAACAGCCAAGAAACUGAGAUUGUGCCAUCCUCUCUCGGGUGAAGCAUUACAAAUGGACAGUACCUUAGAAUCAUGGGUGUGCAACACUGAGUGUCCUCUCUAUAAUGGUGGAAAUGUCAUUUUGGAAUACCUAGACAAUGACUGUAAAGGGGUAGAUGAUGUGAAUUCCUAUUUUGGCAGCCCUUAAUGAAACAAAACAAAAAAAAAAACUCUUGCAUUUUAAAAAUGUUCAUGGACACAUUUACAACAGAUUUUUUUCUUUCAUUUCACAAUUUAUUAAAAUACUGUUUUGAUUGUACUUUUUUUUUUCUUAGUACAUAAAUGUAGUGUACUGGAUGGGGAGUGUGUGGUAAGUGAGGAGCAGAAGGAUUAAGAUCACUUAAGUUGGUGUUUAGUUCAGAGGAAAAAAUCAGUCCACUAGGUGGUGUAGUUAUUUUUAUAUUGCAUACUGUAUUGUAUUUAGAAAUAAAUUCUAAAUAUGCAUACAGUAUGCAUGCAGACAUCAGUAGUUUAGUGUAAUGCAACAGUGACUGCUGCAGUAUUCAUUGGUUUGUGUUUCCUUUGUUAGGUUUGGUAGUUCAUGUAUGAAAGGGGGUUAUGUAAUAAUAAUAAUAAUAAUUUGAUUGUCGGGUGAGUGAAAAGCAAUGUGAAGCAUGUUGUGUGGGUGUAUUUAGAAGUGUUAUGUGUGAAGCUACAGCCUAAUUUAAAGGUUUUAAAACAAUUAGCUUCUCUAUUAUUUUCACUUCCCUUUACUGUUUGUAAUUUCGUUUUAAAAAUAUUUUUUAUACGUUUUAAAUAUUUCUUUCUUAGUGAAUUCUGUCAGUCCUCUAUGUAAGUAAAGUGACAUGUGCUCUCUGUGCUGGACAUUUCCCCUUGAUAGCGGAGUACAGUAUAGAAAGUAAAGGUUAGUUGUAAAAUACACAAUGGCUGAGGUCCCAACUGGAAUGGCUUCUGUCAGUUAAGAGCUAUUUAAAGGUGUAUAAUUAGGAGGAGUAACUGCUACAUACAGGCCUGUAUGAGAAAUAUGUCAAGUUAAUAAAAGCAAUUUUUAAAAAUGUAUUUAUUAUCAGAUGGUGAAGAAUUUGAGUUUAACACACAGCCAUAAUAAAGUACUUGAAAAUGAGAAGAGGAGGGUGUAGUGUAGCUGACACCUUUUUACUUCAUCCAUAUUUUCCCUAUUGGGAUGUAUCUGGAAUAAAUCAAAACGACUGCAAAACGGUGGUGGUGGUGUUAAUAAAGCGAAGAGCAUGUAUUUUAAGGUAUUGGGUAGCAAUCCUUUAUGUGAAUACAAAAUAUUCCAUUAAACAUUUUCCUUGCUUUGCUUUUCUGAUGAUUCUGUCAAUGAUACUUAUAAAUAAAUGUGCCUUUGGCUGCAAAAUUGA